UAAUUUGUUGCCAGAUACGCAAACAUACCUAAUCAUAUAUGCAUCACAGAUACCCUAUAUUUAAAAUAUUAGAACGGCAAAUGUGUGCUUACAGAGUAUGGAGUUCUGAAACAUCCAUGUGAGCAAUUUUAUUUUAUUCAUAACGAACACUUGGCUAUUUGUGGUUGAGGGGGAUUUAAGGAAAUCAUAUCCUGGCAACCGAUCUCCAGUCUGUUGUGGAAGAUGUCACUCGCUAGAGGAGUCUUGAUCAGCGCGUCCAAAACAAAAGCAUGGAAAGUUAUAAAUGCCCCCUCCUCAGUGGUACUUUGUGCAUCCCGGCCUGUGGGGGUUACGCGGGUGUCUCAGAUGCCCCCUCUGAUCUCCACAAUGCAGUAUAGCCACAGCCCAGUUCAGGAGCAACAAACAGCGAGUCCAGCAGAAGAUAAAGUCUAUCUUACUGAAUCUUGUGUCAAGAGGCUCACUGAGAUCAUGGAUAAGGGCGAGUAUCUGAGGAUACAUGUGGAAGGUGGAGGAUGCUCUGGCUUCCAGUAUAAGUUCUCAGUGGACACGGUCAAAAAUAAUGAUGACAGAAUAUUUGAACAGAAUGGUGUUGGGGUGAUAGUAGACCAGGACAGUCUGGAGUUUGUGAAAGGUGCCACGCUGGACUUCAGCCAGGAGCUCAUCCGCUCUUCCUUCCAAGUUCUUAAGAACCCCCAGGCAGAACAUGGCUGCUCUUGUGGCAGCUCUUUUUCUAUAAAGGUCUGAAAGUUGUCCCAAUAUCAGUUUGUUAAGAUCCACAAUGCAUUUAGCAGUGCUUUUCCUCAUCCCAGGACAUGCACUUCACAUUUUUGUGUCAAUAAAGAGCAGCUCACCAAGAAAUUAUGAGUUUAACUAGAGGUGUUGGCGCAAGAAGAACACAUAAAUUAGCAGCGCAUAGAGUCACCAGGAACAGGGAUGAGGACCACAGAUUUAAAACAGCUACACACAGUGUAUUCCAAACAAUAGAUGACCGAGUGCUUAUUUAAAUUAAGCUGUGUUAUUGUCAUUUGUUGUUCCAUAUUCAAGUGAAUGAAUGUGACAUUUGUUGUGCAGUUAUAGUCAUUCAGUAUGCCUUAUGAUUAUGGUAUAUUUAACAUCGGAGGACCGUAGAGCUUGUCAACAGCCGUAAGGUCAUAUGCAAAAGUUUGCGCAACCCUAGUCAAAUAACAUGUUUUGUGAGACUAAGUACACAUUCUCUACAGACAACACACUCCUGCAUAUUGUAACACACAAUUACUGCUUAUUUAUUAUUUAACAUGCUGGUAAAAAGCAAAACAUAAAAUGGCUUGUGUAAGUGUGUUCUCUGUAGAGGGCAUGUUAACUUAUUUUCACUUGGAAAAUUCAAAUAGUUUAAUUUAUUUUCUUGUAAACUGUACAUAAAAAAUUGUAAAUAGGAUGUUAAAUUGUUUAAUAAAAUUAUAGUGCAAGAAGAA